CGAGAAUAGGAAGUGUCGCUCAGUAGUAGGGGCUUAACAUGGCCAGCUAAGUAGUAUUUGGUUAAUACAAACCUGGUAUAAAAACCGAAGUCGAAAGCUUUUGCAUGUCGGUGUUAAACUCGGAAGUUUUGAAAUACCAAGAGGUAUUAGGCAACCAUUUUUUAGACCGAGCAGUUGCGUCUCUUGCAAGUAUUGAGCUGUUUGGUUGGUCUUUUGUGCGGCUAUGUAACGUUAACACUAGCUAGCUUGUUAGCUAACGUUAACGUAAAACGACAUUCACCCUGCUAGCGUAGCUUAGUGUUAGCUUGUUUGACAGCUACAGUAGUCAAAAUCAACUAACUACUAUUAUCCAGAGAGGAUACUGUUCCGUUUUGUUGAACGUGUGUGUGAGUUUAUUUAUGCAACAUCAUAGUGUGACUCAACUGUAACUGGAUGUUUGGUGAUAGAAAUAGCAGCAGCUACAGCUAGCAGAUUGUUAGCUUGUCAACAUCAACAACAAUGGGCUAUCAAAGGUAUUUAAAGACUGCAAGGAAGUUUUAUUUUUUGACCAUUCUGCUGAUAGUCUUCGUCAAAGGAAUAACAGCUGAUGAAGAGCAACACGGCAAUGACGGACCAGAGUUAAAGUCUUACCAUGAUUCAGACUCUGAAGAAGAAGACGUCCGUCUGGCAUCAGGAAUUGUGGCUGGGGGCUCUGUGACCUCUGGUCAUGAAGUCUCCCAGGCAGAAGAGGAGAAACAGUCACCUGGGGAUGGACUGGAGGGUGAAGAGAAGGAGGACCUGCCGGAGCAGCCUCCCCCAGUUGAGAAAAAACCUAAAGAGGUUCCUGUGGUGAAUGGAGGUACAGACCACGGAGAGCCCUGUAUCUUCCCAUUCCUCUUCCAGGGGAAGGAGUACUAUGACUGUACCACUGAUGGACGGGGGGAUGGACGGCUGUGGUGCGCCACAGUCUACGACUACGACCAGGAGAAGAAGUGGGGUUUCUGUGAGACGGAUGAGCAGGCACAGCAGAGACUGCAGGCAGAGGAACUUGACGAGCAGUAUCAGACUGUCCUGCGCAUGCUCAAUGCCACCACCAGGAGGGCCCAGAAGAAAGAAUUAUACGAAAAGCUGCUGAAAGUAUCAGAGAAAGGCCACCAGAAAGCCAUGGAGAAGGUGGCGUAUGCCAUGCUGUUUGGGGACUACAUGAACCAGAAUGUCACUAAGGCCAAAGAAAUGUUUGAGAAGCUUGCUAUGGAGGGCUCGCCUAAAGCUCAGAUGGCUCUUGGCUUUCUGUACGCAGCAGGACUUGGAGUUAACUCGAGUCAGGCUAAGGCCCUGGUUUACUACACCUUUGGCGCACUGGGUGGAAACUUGGUAGCUCAUAUGAUCCUGGGCUACAGAUACUGGGGAGGUGUGGGUGUUCCCCAGAGCUGUGAGUCAGCACUAACACACUACAGGCUUGUGGCAAAUCAGGUGGCCAGUGACGUGUCCCUGACAGGGGGCUCAGCGGUGCAGAGGAUCAGGCUGCUGGAUGAGGUGGAGAACCCAGGAUCUACCAGUGGGAUGUUGGAGGAGGACUUGAUCCAGUACUAUCAGUUUCUGGCUGAGAAAGGAGAUGUCCAGGCUCAGGUGGGUUUAGGUCAGCUUCACCUGCAUGGAGGACGUGGAGUAGAACAGAAUCAUCAGAGGGCGUAUGACUACUUCAACCAGGCUGCAAAUGCAGGGAAUACACACGCUAUGGCUUUCCUCGGCAAGAUGUACUCCGAAGGCAGCGAGUAUAUCCCUCAGAACAACGAGACAGCCCUGCAGUACUUUAAGAAGGCCUCUGACUUGGGUAAUCCAGUGGGACAGAGUGGCCUGGGCAUGGCCUACCUAUAUGGAAGAGGUGUCCCAGUGAACUAUGAGCUGGCACUGAAAUACUUCCAGAAGGCAGCCGAGCAGGGCUGGGUGGACGGACAACUCCAGCUGGGCACCAUGUAUUACAAUGGCAUUGGCGUGAAGCGUGAUUACAAGCAGGCACUUAAAUUCUUCAACCUGGCCUCACAGGCUGGCCACAUCCUGGCUUUCUACAACUUGGCCCAGAUGCAUGCUACUGGUACUGGUGUGAUGCGCUCCUGCCACACUGCUGUGGAGCUUUUCAAGAACGUGUGUGAACGUGGUCGCUGGUCAGAUCGUCUCAUGACGGCCUACGGCAGCUUUAAGGAGGGUGAGACAGACGCUGCGCUGGUUCAGUAUCUGCUGCUGGCUGAGCAAGGCUACGAGGUGGCCCAGAGCAACGUGGCCUUCAUUCUGGACCAGAAAGGAGUAAAGAUCUUCAGUGAGAAUGAAACCUACCCUCGUGCUUUACUCCACUGGACAAGAGCUGCAGCACAAGGUUACACUGUGGCCAGGAUAAAACUAGGGGACUACCACUUCUACGGCUACGGGACAGAUGUGGACUAUGAGACCGCUGUCAUCCACUACAGGCUGGCAUCAGAGCAGCAGCACAGUGCCCAGGCCAUGUUUAACCUGGGUUACAUGCAUGAGAAAGGCCUGGGCAUCAAACAGGACAUCCAUUUAGCCAAGCGUUUCUACGACAUGGCCGCUGAAGCCAGUCCUGAUGCCCAGGUCCCAGUUUUUAUGGCCCUGUGCAAGCUGGGCCUGGUUUACACUCUGCAGUACCUGCAGGAUUUUAAUUUAAAGGACCUGAUUUCUCAGGUGGACCUGGACCAGCUUCUGGGCCCGGAGUGGGACCUCUACCUCAUGACCGUCAUCGCCCUAUUGUUAGGCACAGUCAUCGCCUACAGGCAACGCCAACACCAAAUCAUAGUUCCCCCUCGUCCACCGGUCCCUGCCCCAGCGCCCCCUCCUAGACCGCCUCAGGAACAGUCCCCAGCCCAGGCCGAGCCCCAGGGACAGGGAGAAACACAAGCCCAGGGCCCGGCCCAGGAGGAAGAGGAGCAGCAGUGAGAGGAAGCCAGACGGAGCGAGGGCAGUAUAAGACAGACAAGAGGCUCUGCCAGCCGCCCAAUGGAGCAGCUGGUGCUUACUAGCUGAAUACCUGCUAGUUUGAGUACCUCUCCUACUCCACAUGCUAAAAGAAGACUGAGGUGGCUGCUAAACUGUGCAGUCUCACAUCUCCCUUUCUCCAUUUAAAAUAUAUGCUGGUCCUGGGCUGAAGAAAGACACGGGGGGUGUUUACCGACAAUGCUACAGAACACAGGACUUGGGACUUGCUAGUCUGUGACUCAGGAUACUGCCAGAAGCACCUGUGUCCUCACCAUGGAAAUAGCCUUUUGCUUGCAAGAUUAAAGGCUUUUUGGAUUUGACUAAUCAUCAUAGUCAAAAGAGUUGGAAUAUAAUAUGUGCUUUAGUUUCUUCCUAUUUCUCUUGUUGAGAAAAUCGCUCUAAGUGGAACUGCCUCAAUCCUAGUUUAGCGCAUUAUUUUGAAAAAAAAAUCGGGCAGGAAAAUGUGAAUUAAAAUACUUUUAUUUGCUAGACCCGGUCUAGUUGGUAAAGCAAGUCAUGGUUUUGCAUGUUUUUUUUCUGAUCAUUUUGCAGACUUUAAUUUUAGGCACCUUUUUUCAGAUACUUGAGUGAACAAAUCUUGCAUUACCUUUUCCAUUAAUUGGUUAUUUGUUUAGUUAAUAUGUCGGUUCUGUACCUUUUCAUACCUGCAAUUCACUGAGAGAGAUUAAUUCAUGUUCUUUCAGCAUUAGUAACAGUGCUAAAAUGUAAUGAAGUCAGUAGAAUGAGAACAGAUACCUGUUAAGUGGUUUACAGGAAUCCAUGAAAAAGCUGUUCUGGAUAGAUAAAGCCACUAAGCUCUCACCAAAUCCUCAGCCCUGAUGCAGAUUCUGUUUAAAAAUGCAUACAGACAUGUCUCCAAGCAUAGCCUGAUCUGUAGGAUGUAUACAGUCCAGUGGAAGGAAAAGAACAGUUUUGAAGAUGUACUGUACGUUGGUGGGAUAUUUUCCCAUCAACAGGCUUAGAUUUUAUUCUAGUGGUUGGUAGCUCAAUAGUUCCUCUCAUCCCACAUCUGCCUUUUUUUUUUUUUAGUUUAUUAAGCCUCAAGUUAGCUGAGGCAGGGCGUGCGUGCGUGUGUGGCUGUGGCGUGUGGCUGUUAUGAGAAUUUCCACCCACUCACCAAAAAUCCAACUUUGAUCCCUGCCUACACCUUUCUGCUCAGUUGGACCUAAAUCUGACAAAUGAAGCCAUGGUUAGGCCCUACAGUAUUUAUCAAAACAAAAUUAGAAACUUCUGAUUUUGCCACAUGCAGUUUUUCCCCUCUAAAGUCCAUUUGUUCAGUUCCACAGUAUGUGCUUGUUGUUAGAACUAUUGAGAAUUGAUCUCCCAAUACGUCUGCAUGUAGUGUAUGAAGUCAAAAAGGAAACGAUAACUGUUUCCUGCAUUCACACAUCGACACCCACACUACUCACAAUUUGUCUAAAAUGAAACGCUGGUCAAGAUUGUUGAGAAGACUGCAUUUUUACCAUCCUAAAUACAAGUUUAUAAAGAAAUAAUAAAUGAUAUAUGGAUAUUUAA